UUUUCUCUAAAUGUAUCGGUGUCAGUACGCAGUCUGUCCAUCACUGUAACAGCCCCACAGUCAGCCUCAACCUCUGGUCUAAUGGGCACACUUAAUGGGGAUCCUUCUGAUGAUUUCACCAAACCAGAUGGUGAUGUACUUCCCGAGGAUAGUGACGAUAAAACAAUAUAUAAAGACUUUGGAGGGCUCUGGAAGUUAACACAGGGUGAAUCUAUUUUAUGUUACAAUGAUGGAGAAACAAUAGAUGACUUCUCAGAUGCAUCAUUUGAGCCUCUCUUUCUAUCGGACUUCACCCAAGAGGAGCGGGA